GCCUGACCUCUUAGCACUGCGCGAUUGGUCAUCACGUUGUUCGUGACGUCAUGUCCGCCUGCGGCCAUCUUGGGAGUGGGUAGAAACUGUGGCUGUGAAGCCAUUGUGCACGGAGAGAGGAUGGGGAUUUAGCAGGAUUUGGGGACAGAGCGCUGUGAGUGUGUGAUGAGGGGCGGUAUAUCAGUGUGUGUAGGCAGGCAGUGAUUCCACCUGCAUGCUGUUAUCAGCUGCGGUUGUAGUGGCUGGUGAUGGCUGCCUGUCAUUGGCAGCCAUAGCUGCUGGAUGUGAGUGAUGAUGGUAGCUGGAUUAUUUUUGGCCAAGAGAGAUGACAGACAUGAAUGGCACUCGAGUAGCUGGGGACUACAACUCCUAUCACGUCCAGCCGUGGACUCCACCUGCCAGUGACCGCUGUCUACAUCUCUCAUCACAGGCAGUCCCGGUCACAUGUAACCACUGUCCGAGGAAUGCAACUCUCACUACGCUCAGCCAGAUGUGCCUUACUCCCAUAAUGUACAGUCAGAUAUAGUGACCCUAAAAUAUAGUGACGCCUGCCCCUGCUAACCCCAUCUCAUGUUGUGCAAAAGAUACUGCACCUUCCUUUUCUUACACUGCUUGGUGUGAACUACUACUCUCAUUAAUGACAGAUUUUACCUAUCCCCUCUUCCGAAGUCAUUUUAUGUUUUAGCAGAUUUCUUGCUGAAAUAAGAGUUUGGAUAUUAUAAAGAAUAGCCACAUGAUAAUAUAACUCACCAUGUGACUGAUGCUCCCAUACAUAAAGUGAUAAUUUAUUUUAGUUCCCCCCCCCCCAAGUCAUUAAAACUCUAUUUUUGUGAAUAUAAUUUUCCUAAUUAAAACCAAAAACUGUAAAUCUCAAGUCACUAGACCGCUCUGGGUUUAAUUCUGCUAGAAGUUUCAACUGGACUAUCUUAGUCUGUGUUGCAAUUUGUCUUCCUAUUCAUUACAUUUUUGAGUGUUUAGUAAAGUUAACUCCUUUAUAGAAUUGUAAUUUGAAUACUGUAUGCCAUAUAUAUAUUGCUGCAUGGAACAUAUAUUUUAUGUUUUAAAUGGUGUUUUAUAACAUUUAUCUCCUGAUGACCUAUUUAAUAAACAUUUAUCUUAUCUUAUGCCAUCACUGUCGAUUGCAGGGUAAUUUUGCAGAACCUAUAUGUACACUUCAUGCCACAGUGAAUGUAGAGAGAUGAUGGCAUGCUUAAAUUUACUUAUUUUUAAAGUAUGUAACAAGGAGCAGUCUUGAGGUGACUCUGACCUGACAGGUACAUUUAUUAACUAAAAUAUUUUUUUUCCAGACUUCUUCUGACAAACACUGCAGUGAAGGUAUCCAAUGCAUUACAGGUAAUUUGACUGCAUAACAUGUCAAACUAACAUAAGACUUGCUAAACACUGGCUCCUAAAAUGUAAAAACAUGACGCUUACAUUUAAUAAUUAUUUUAGUAUUAUGCAUGAUAUUGUGCGUUUACUAAAUGCUGUGUUGCUUUGUUUUAUUACCACAUGUGUGGAUUUAAAGGGACACUCUUAAGCACCAAAACAACUCUAACUUAAUGAAGUGAUUGUGAUGUAUAGACCAUGCUCCUGCAGUCUCAUUGCUCGAUUGUCAUUUAGGGGUUAAAUUACUUUGUUUAUGCAGCCCUAGCCACACCUCCCCUGCUUGCAACAUUCACAACCUCCAUGGAAAAUGUGGCUUCAUUUUUAAUCAGAUCAUACAGCAAUGCUUAAUGCUUUUGGAAGUUCUUAUCUUCUGCACUGUUAAUUGAACUUUAAUUACACACACAAAGCUCCCAUGGGCCUUAGCAAGCUAUUAGCACACUGUGCAGUAAUGGGAGCUAAAUAAAUAAGAUCUCUUUCAGAAAGUGUGUUAGGAGGCUUUUUGUGUCACUAACAGGUGAGUUGUGGAUGGGGCUGCAUAAACAAAGUAAUUUAACUCCAAAAUGUCAAGUAAUUGAACAGUGAGACUGUAGGUCAAUACACCAAAACCAUUUUAUUAAGUGCAAGUAGUUUUGGGGCUCAGAUUGUUCCUUUGACUUCUCUGCACUAGUAUAUAUUAUUUUUUCUGUAAGUAAAGAUAUAAUAGGCACCUCACCUUUUGUUUGUAUUUCUCUUUAAGAAUGAAUGAGCUGAACCUCAGCGCUGUGGGAAUGGACCAGCUUAGUGCUUCCUCGGUUGCCAAUGCAAUGCCUGCUUCUGGGAGUCAUCUUGGACUAGCUGGCUCUCCUCCCCACAACACAAUAUCAGCUACAGGUUAGUGGCUCAUGAAUCUAAAAACAAGUGUGAUUUCCCCUUUACAAAAUGGAGAAAAUGAAAUAGUUGUAUUGAGUGUAUUCUGUAUUCAGUUGUUGUUGUGUAGUAUCCAUAAUGCUCUAGUAGAAUUAGUGUGUUAUAGGAACAAGAGUACAACACAAUCUGAGAGACUGAGUGCUGACACCUCUAUAAUAUGUUAUUCCUUUAACUUGCAGAAGCAGGAUCUGUUUUCUUGUUGGAUAUAUCUGUAGUAAAUUAUGAUGUCUGGGGCAAUUUAAAGGAUAGUAUUUCAAACAGUCAAUACUAUUUUGUGAUGUUGCUUUUCUUGGAAUUUUUACCACUGCUUUUUUUCAAGCAAACCAUUACAUAAUGAUAUUCUUGUUCUAUUCAUUCAAUGCUAUUAACUGCUUUUUUUUUUUUUUUUUUCUCUUCAGGUUUACCUGUGGCUAUUCCCAAUCUGGGCCCUUCGUUGAGUUCACUCCCUUCUGCCCUUUCAGUCAUGCUUCCAAUGGGCUUAGGAGACCGGGGUGUAAUGUGUGGAAUACCAGAGAGGAACUACUCUCUCCCACCUCCACCUUACCCUCACCUUGAGAGCAGCUACUUCAGACACAUAUUGCCUGGUAUUGUGCCUUUGCAAAAUAAUUGUAGGAUCUGUAUUCGCUAAUUUUGUACCUUGGGGUACUGUUUGUUGUAUUGCAAUCACUUGUGUUUCAAAAGUUCAUUUUAAAAGGCUUAUUGUAUAUACUCUCAUCUCAGUAGACUUUGGGCACAGUCCUUCUUUGUCUCCCCUGGACAGAAGCCCACCUUCUCUGCUGCAGUGUGAUAAUGGGGAUGUUUAAAUUCCUAAUUAACCAGUCAAAAUCUUUAUAUGCGUUGGUUAGUAGAAAUUUCUGCUCCAUUUCAACAGAGCUGAUUUGACACGUGGCAUAGGAAGCCUGGGUCACUAAAAUAUCGCUCAUAGGAUUAACAGAGAUUCAGCUUGACUGAAUCCUGCUUACCCAUACAAAUAAUUUUAGCUGGAAAGUUAUCACUUUUAGGGCAAAGCAAUGGGCUUUAGGUGUUGGACAGGCCUUCAGUUUUAGUCAAACCAUUUGAAAACAGUUUGACAAAAUAUACAGGGACGGCACCUAUAACCUUUUUGCUCUACAACCUUUACAAUAAAUUUUGUAGUUGGGGUGUCCACAACAAGAGACAUAUUCUUAAAUCAGAGGAGCAAAGGUUUAAAAAUAUUAGGAGAGGGUAGUGGAUGCAUGGAAUAGCCUUCCAGCUGAAGUGGUAGAGGUUAACACAGUAAAGGAGUUUAAGCAUGUGUGGGAUAGGCAUAAGGCUGUCCUAACUAUAAGAUAAAGCCAGGGACUAAUGAAAGUAUUUAGAAUAGAUUGGCCAAAUGGUUCUAAUCUGCCAUCACAUUCUAUGUUUUUAUGUCCAUUUAAACUUGUGAAGUGGAUUUAUUAUGUUGUGUGCUAUGUUAGAAAACAUAAAUUUUAUGGAAUGUCUACAAAUACUUAAAAAUUGCAGCAGACCAAGACACAAAUAUACACAUUGGUUGAGGACCACAACCACGAAAUUGUUACAAUAGUAGAGGAUUCACAGGUUAAAAAGGGUAGAUGCAUAAAUGUAUAUUUAUUGGAGACAGGAACACAAAAUAUAAAUGUUUUGGCCUGUUUUCAUUAAAUCUGCAUUUAUGCACAUCAUUGAACCUGUGGAUUCUCUACUAUUCCAAGUACCGUAAAUAUAUAUGUCAAUCAAACUUUCACCAACAAGGAAGAUAAACCCUCUGGCAAACCAUGUACAGCUUUAGAAAGUGAAAAAUGUGUCUAUUUCGUUUAAACACAUGACAACAGCUACAAAAUACAGCAGAAAACUGGAAAAAGAAAGUCGUUUUUGUUUAGUUUUUUGGACAAUUGUGCUAGGUUUUUUUUUGGUUUUUUUAAUGAGAGAGAUUUUUUUGGAUUGCUUAGCCGGGGUUUCUCUUCCUUUUCGGGUGGAGGUCCAAUAGACAUUUUAGUUUACUAGCUUUAUAGGGCAGUUCAACCAUGCCAACUUGACAAGUUCUCUUUUAGCACAGAAUCGACAAAGCUAGCAUACAUCAAAUGAGUCUGCUGAAAUUUACUGCAACUUUCACAUUAAAGGACCACUAUAGGCACCCAGACCACUUCAGCUUAAUGAAGUGGUCUGGGUGCCAGGUCCAGCUAGGUUUAACCCUUUUUGCAGUAAACAUAGCAGUUUCAGAGAAACUGCUAUGUUUACUUUAGGGUUAAUCCAGCCUCUAGUGGCUGUCUCAUUGACAGCCCCUAGAGGCGCUUCCGCACUUCUCACUGUGAUUUUCACAGUGAGAAGACGCCAGCGUCCAUAGGAAAGCAUUGAUAAUGCUUUCCUAUGAGACUGGCUGAAUAAGCACACGGCUCUUGCCGCGCACGCGCAUUCAGCCAAGGAUGGAAGAAGAGGGAGGAGAGUCCCGGCGCUGGAAAAAAGGUAUGGGAUUAACCCCUUCCUCCCCCCUCAGCACCACAGGAGUGGGACCCUGAGGGUAGGGGCACCCUCAGGGCACUAUAGUGCCUGGAAAGAGUAUGUUUUCCUGGCACUAUAGUGGCUUGUUAAGGUGAUAGAUAUUGAAAGGAUUGUAUGAGAGGAAUUGUCACUCCCAGGAUUUUUUAAAUAUAAUUUUUACCUAUCCCUAUAUUUCGCCAAUUUUUAUUUGUGAGAUGUGAACAAAUUAAAUGUAGAAUUCCACACAGUUUUACCCUGCUACUGGGUGUCUCUGUUUUAUCUCUGAUUGCUGAAAAUUCUGUUCUUUGCACCUGGCAGUCAACAUAGAGAAAUCAAACAGAAAAGAGGAGAAUUUAAACAAUGUUUAUAUUUCCCCGUCUUAUCUGCAAGUGUGUCUGCUUUACCAUGUCAUUUGCUAAUUCUUUAAUAUUAAAUAGAGCAUCUCAUGGAAAAAAAAGGUUAACACAAGUUUUUAUUCUACACUGACUCCCAGAGAACUGAUAGCUCCUUUUUAAAGUCAUAUUGGAUAAUACAAUGUUUUCUUGAUACGGUACCUUAAAGUGUCCUGACUGAUCUAGGUUUUGUAAUUUUUUAAUCAUCUGGAUUGACGCAUUUUAUACAGGUAAGUGUUUCUUCCCUCAAUACUGUUAAAAUAUCAUAUUUCACUUUCAUUUAUUUCCAUUUCCCCUGUCUCUGACUGAGAACAUCAGUCAUAUUUUUGGUGGAUGUUGUAAGACUCAACUCUCCUGCAUACCCCUGUUUGGGAAGCCUUGCUUCCCAUAACAGGCUAAAAAGUCCCAAACACUUUUUAUAUUGGCUUUAUGGCAUGUAAAUACAACUUCUUUUCUCUCUCUCCAUUCUCAGACUGCCUGUCCAAAUCUUCUGCAAUAAAUCAUUUUGGCUCUUCAUGUUGCUACUGCUCCCACUCAGAGCCUGCCCCUCCAUCCCCUUGUAGAUAUAGCUUUCCCUUGGACUGAAGGAAAGAGGGAGAGAUGCCUAGAGGAUAAUUGCCCUGAUAAGACAUGCAGAGCACAUCUUCUAUAUUGCCAUUCUGGGGUCAAGAAGGAAUUUUUUUCCUAGCUUGUUGCAAAAUUGUGCUUCAAACUGGGUUUUUUUGCCUUCUUUUGGAUCAACAGCAAAUAACAAAUGUGAGGUAGGCUGAACUUGAUGGACGCAAGUCUCUUUUCAGCUAUGUAACUAUGUAACUAUAUCUACGUGCUGAUUAGCACAGACUGAAUUGACUGACAGGAGGGGUAAAGACGUUUUCUUUUCAUUUCUAAUUUUAGAGAAACCUAGACAUUUGCUAGUAAAUCUGCUAGCAGAAUGUAUAGAUGAAAUUGGAUUCUCUAUUAUUUAGAUUACGUUGCAUUUGUCAUCGCAGGUAACCUUUAAGAUCUUAGCCACUGCUACAAUAAUAAAGAAGCUGACAUCUUGCAAAUGUGGCCAUGGGGAUGCCUUUUUACAGCAGUACACUUUUACACUCAAAUGCCUUUGUAAAACUGUUUUGUAUUUGUUUUGUUUACAAAUAUUUCUUAGUGCAUAAUAAUGUUUUAUGCUUACCUUGCAGGAAUCCUCUCUUAUUUAGCUGACCGGCCACCUCCUCAGUACAUUCACCCAAGUUCACUAAAUGUUGAUGGUAACAAUGGCCUAUCUGUGUCAAACAGCAACCCUUCACUUGACCCCUACCAGCCUGGUGGUUCUGUUGGCCUUGAGAAUGGUAUUGUUUCACUGGAUUCUCGAUCAGUCGUUGGUCAUGCUGGUCAGAGUUUACAUCCCAGUGAUGGCCACGAGGUGCAACUGGAUACUGGUAUCAGCAUUGACAAUGUGUCAAGAGUAAACAGCCCUAUCACAACUGAUCACAUUACUGAAGAACUCACCAUAGAAGGUGUGACUGGAGAUCAUGCACAGAUAUCAAAUGUUCAACGCUCCCAUGAGAUAAUGACAGUAGAUGGUAACCUACCUCCUGAUGCAGUUGGCCAUUCUGGUGUUUUGCCAUUACACAGUGGAUCAUUGGAGCUUCCAGUAGUAAUGGAUACUGAGCAUCAUAUGGCAGCUCGGUCCAGCAUGUCAGAAAGCAGUCUCAGUGAUGCCAUUCACACAGUUGCCCUGAGCAACAACCCAGUGAGUGUUGCACUGUCUACCUCUCACCCACUUUCAUCCUUAACCUCAGUGUCCCUGCAAGGUGGCACCAUAAGCCUUGAGCCAGUGACUGUGUCUUCCAUAACCCAGGAUGUCUCCAUGGGAGUUUCACAUGUUGAUGCAGGAAACCUGACUUUUGUCCCAACCUCACUGCAGAUUGACUCAAAUGCCAACAAAGAUAACAUGGCAACCCUGUUUACAAUCUGUGAGUAGGAGGAUUUAAUAUUAUUUAAUUGAUUUUAAGUCAGUGGUUCCCAAACUUUUUACGUUCAAGGCGCCCUUAAUAUUUACAGCACCGGGAAACAUUACUGCUUAACAGGGGCCGGUCGAGUGCCUCGGUCUUAAAGUACUGAGGCACUCGACCGGCACCUGUUAAGCAGUAAUGUUUCCCGGGGCUAUAAUCAUAGCACCAGGGAAACAUUCCGUGACACACAGUGUCUGGGACGCCACGGCACACAGUUUGGGAAUCGCUGUUUUUAAGUUUUGUUUUAGUCUGUAUGGAAAAGCAGCCAUGCCAUGACAAAUAAUAAUUAUAAAUCUUCCAGAUAGUGACUUGGCUUCAUGGUUGUUAAGAAACUGUUGGAAAAAUCUGUAGACUUUCCAGCUGUGCCUGCUUUGGUUAUUAAUUUCAUGACGUAUUGUACAGUGCACAGACUUUUGAGGCAUGGUUGCUGUUUGUGCAGAUCUGCACCCCUUUCUUCUGUUGAAUUCAGUAUUUACCUGUUGUCUGUAUGGGGUACAGAGUUGUCAGAUACUUUGCAAUGUGCUCCAUACCACAUACAGAUUUGUUUUUAGUGCCCCUUAUGUCACAGCAAUAUUAUUUCCAUAUGUCUCACCAGUAUUAAGGUCCCACAAUGCAGACAAUUGCAGGGACUGCUAACUGCCAUGCCUAUCAAGCUCAGCCCUGGAACCUCCAUUAUAAGUUGUACAUGCUGCAAUCUCUGUUAAUGGAGCAUGUACAUGCUGUUACUGGGCAGUCUCUCUCCCGAGACUGUCACAACCGCAUGACGGCUGUGACUGUGGCAGGAGUCCUAUGGCAUGAUUGAUAGCUGAUUCCCGGCUGCCGCGAUGCAUGCUAGGAUCAGCUGGCUGCUGCCGGCCUACCCCACAAUAAGGCAGCACAGCAAUAGUCUCUGGCCCUAAGUCUGACUGAUCACCCUGGGAGCCUCUUACAGGAAUUACUUGCUUUAACUGUUUUUAUUAUGAUUGGCUCCCAGGGGAUUUAUCUUUCAGCCCUCGCUGUGCUGGUCUCCAUGAUGCUGCUCCAUGUUGAUUAUAUCAGCCAAUGCAAUGUUUUCCCAUAGGGAAACUUUAGGAGACUAGUACGCAUGUGCAACACUCAGUUGGUCUCUAUGAAUAGCCGAGUUUAAUUUCAAGCUAUUGAGGUGGAGUUGUGUAAUAGGACUUUCAGGAAGACUGCCACGGAAGCAUGUUAAUCCUGCAAUGUAAAUACUGUUGUAUCUAGUAAAUGUCAAUGUUUUCAGUUCCAGGGUUUAAAAUAUAGAAACAUGGCACCCAGUCCACUUUAUUGAGAUGAAUUGGUCUGGAUGCCCAUAGAGUUCCUUUAAAUCCACCUCUAGUUGCUGUCAUACUGAUAGCCAUUAGAGGUAAUUGUGUGGUACUGACCAAGUAAAACCUUAGUUCACUGCUUUCCUAUGGGGAAUCUUUAAUGCUCAGGCAGCACUCUCUGCGCAUGCACAUCAUGGACCAACGUUGGACAAAGCAGCAACUCCUACUUGACUUUGCAAGAGAAACAGAGGUGAAGAACACAGAGAUUCUGGGUUUGGAAAAAGGUAAGUAGAACGCUUUAUUUUAUUAUUUUUAUCGCACACACAGGCUUUGGGGGGGUGGACAUCUGUUUUACUUUGGACACGGUCCCUAAAGUGUUGGAAAUAAAGGUGUUUGUUUAAACCACGUUUUAUAUCCUUUAUUUUUGGGUGCAUAGUAAGGCAUACUAACAGGAAUAUACACGGUAAUAAACACCUGGGAUGCAGGGUAGCAUGUCAUAUGAUAACAAUGCACUUUUUAUAAUAGAAAAAUAACAAACUGAAGGUAUACUUAAGUGGCAGUAAACCUAGAUUAUUGUCUAGACAUAAAGGUUAAAACAGGGCUUGACAAAUUUGUUUGGAAUCUAGGAGCCAGUCAUUUUCAACAAGAAAAUGCAAUUCUUAAAGGGACACUAUCGUAACCAGAACCACUACAGCUUUAUGUAGUUGUUCUGGUGUCUAUAGCCUGUCCCUGCAAGCAUUUUAGUGUAAACACUGCCUUUUCUGUGGAAAGGCAGAAUUUACAUUGCUGCUUAGCAACACCUCUAGUGACAGUCACUCAGACGGUCACUAGAGAGUCCUGGGUCACUGCUGCACAACAUGCAGCACCCAGGUUCAGUAUCGCCAAGCUCUACAUGGAGGUGCCUAAUGUUCCUCAUAGAGAUUCAUUAAUUUAAUGCAUCUCUAUGAGGAGAUGCGGAUUGGUAAAUUUGCUGCGCAUGCACAAAAUCCUCCCAAUGCUUUCCUAAGGGAAAGCAUUGGCUUAGCUGAGAUCAGAAAGAUCAUGGGGAAACUGGUACGGCGUGAGAAAAUGGGGGGAAAAAAGGUGAGUAAAAGCUAUCGGAGGGGGCAGGUACCUAAACGCGCACACACGCUGACAGGCUCACAUACACACGCUGACAACAGGCUUGCACGCACAAACUCUUGAUAGGCUCACACACACUCUUAUGCUGACAACAGGCUUGCACGCACGCACUCUAACAGACUUACACACACAUUCUGAGAGGCUUGCACACACAUACAUACAGGCACUGACAGGCAUACACACUGACCGGCUCGCGCGCGCACACACACACACUCUUUGACAGGCUCGCGCACACACACACACACACACACUCUUUGACAGGCUCGCGCACACACACACUCUUUGACAGGCUCGCGCACACACACACUCUUUGACAGGCUCGCGCACACACACACUCUUUGACAGGCUCGCACACACACACACUUUGACAGGCGCUCACACACACGCACUUUGACAGGCUCGCUCACACACACUUUGACAGGCUCACACACACACACUUUGACAGGCUCACGCACACACACACACUUUGACAGGCUCACGCACACACACGCACUUUGACAGGCUCACGCACACACACGCACUUUGACAGGCUCACGCACACACACGCACUUUGACAGGCUCACGCACUUUGACAGGCUCACGCACGCACACGCACUUUGACAGGCUCACGCACGCACACGCACUUUGACAGGCUCACGCACGCACACGCACUUUGACAGGCUCACGCACGCACACGCACUUUGACAGGCUCACGCACUUUGACAGGCUCACGCACACACACGCACUUUGACAGGCUCACGCACACACACGCACACACACACUUUGACAGGCUCACACACACACACGCACACACUUUGAUAGGCUCACACACACACACACUUUGACAGGCUCACAUACACACACACACACACACACACUCUGACAGGCUCACACACAGGAGAAUUAAUAAAACAUUUAAAAAAAGGGGUUACUCCUAGAUGGACCUGGCACCCAGACCACUUCAUUAAGCUGAAGUGGUCUGGGUGCCUAUAGUGGUCCAUUAAGUUGUUUUGGAGACUAUAGUAUCCUUUUACCAUGCUCCUUCAAUACUGUGUGCACUAGACAUCAUGAUGAUGUUGGGCUUGGCAAUCUGAGUGUAUGAAUGCACACACAGCCCUCAGAUUAGACCUGUAUCCUUACUAUGGUAGGUUAUCAUUAUUUUAUGUAAGCAUUUUCUGGCCCAUAUAUUGCUUGGAAUAUAACAUAACAAAGCUGACCUUGUGUGUCAUUAAUAAAAUACUACAUUUUCAGAAUCACAUUGUAGUGCUAGAUCAUGAAAAGACUUUCCAGGCAUAAUAUAAAUAAUAACAUAAUAAUAAUUUAAUGAAAGGCCAGCAUUUUUGCUUUAACUGAUUUUUAUUUAUUUGCAACUGAAUCCAUAUUUCCAUUAUUUUAUUUGCUGUGUGGCAAACCCUAAAUUGAACAGCAUUACCAUAGUCCUACAACAUUUAUUAUUUUAGCAGAGGCCAUAUAACACUUUAAUGAUCUAUUUUUAACAAAAAAAGUGUUAGUUUUUUUAUUAAUAAUCUUGGAAUCUUGAGUUAACAUUUCAGUUUGGUUCUGGAUUACAAAUGUUUAGAUUUUGAAUUGUUUAAUGUAAUUUAAACAAUCUUCUCAACAGGGUGCACAUUGUGUGACCGGGCAUAUCCAUCUGACUGUCCUGAGCAUGGACCAGUCACCUUUAUAGCUGACAGCCCCAUUGAAAGCAGGGCACGAUUGUCUCUUCCCAAGCAGCUGUCUCUCAGGGACUCUGUGACAGGAGCCGACAUAGGUAAGAGAAGUGUAUGCAGUCUCAAAUGUCAUCGUUUGUUUGAUCCUGAUUACCAAUUCCAGCUCAUAUGUCUUCUCUGUUUUUACAUGUAUUUGUGUUUGUAAUCUACAUGCAUUUGGAUUGUGAAGGAUUGCAUUUAUGUUUUUUUCUGGAACAUUGUACAGAUUAUACAAAAUUCAUGUGAUAACAAUUGUUGGUUCUAAAAGUUCUCUACGUUUAAAAAAAGAAAAAAAAGAAAAAAGUUAAGUUUCACCAUUCCUGUAGCAUGACUUGGAUAAUAAGUGCACUGAUAACAAUGCAUGUGCUUCACCAUACACAGGGGUUUGGACGCAGGAGACUAUCCUUGUUCGGACGUGCUUUGGCCCAUUGAUAGGGCAGGAGAGCCAGUCCCUAGAAGUUGCUGACUGGAAUGACAAGUCUGCCAGCCACAUCUGGAAGGUCAGAUGUAUGUUUAUUGUUCUGCUUGUCUCAGCUGAUGACAGAAGAGUUUUCAUGAACUGCUAUAAUACUCUGCCAACCAGAGACAUGCGUGUUUUAAUGAGCUGUUUUGUCACUUCCCCUGUUCCUUAGUUAUGCAUUUCAGCAUAUUUCAGUGUAAAGUCCGCCUCAGGUUUUGGGCUUCUUGUAAUGGUCAGUCCAUCUCAAGUGGCCCAAAUUGUAAACUUGGUUGCUUGACCAUUUUUAAUUAACCCAAAUUAACCCAAUUUUCAGCAUUGGUAUUGCAAUACAUGCAGUUUUUUAAAAUUUUUCUUUCACGAAAUUUAACCACAGUGGCCAUCUUUGUGUGAAAUUUUGGUUCAGUGAGGUCCUAGCUUCUUGUACCAAAAUAAACCUAACUUCUAUAGUGCUCAAGAUUGCUGCAACUUUCACUUUAGGGUUCAAUUAUAUAAUCAGAAGGAUUUGAGUCUGUCCUAUAUAUAUAUUUUUUUUUUAAAUUUAGAGGAUAUUUUGGUAAAUAUAGUGUGCAUACAGAACAUUUAAGGUUUUGAAAGACAGGAAAUAAUGAAUGGAUUACAAGGUCCAUCUAACAAAAAAUGUUUCUAAUUAGAACCCAAACAUGUGUAAGGAGGUAUACAACGGGCAUCUGUAGUACUUGAGGUGGAAUCCAAGGAAGGGAGAAACUCUUGGUGAAGUCUGAUAUAAGGCAUGCUCUAAAUCUUUGGAUUACUGGUUAUUUGGCCUAUUUAACACUAGUCGGUGCAUUACUAUUUCCCCCAAUAGGAAAGCAUGCAUAAUACUUUCUUAUGGGUUUUACAUGAUGCUGGAUGUCCAGUGUCAGGCGACCAAAAGUCCUUCUGGUGGCAGCAAGUGUACUUGACGAAAUACCUCUUUCUUUAAGUGCAAUCUGAAGUUGAUUGAUUGGGAUACAUCUCUCAUUUCUAUUUUCUUGUGAAUGCAUUCACAAUAUAAGUUUAUUUUUAUUUACAUUAAUACUGUAUGGGUUAUUUUUGUUGUAUAUUCUUCUUUUCCUGUCGUAAGUGGAAGUACUGCACAAGUAGGAUGUUCCCUCUUAUGUGGACAAGAAGCUCUGAAAGAUAUAAACAUUUUAAUACUCCCGCCUACCUGCUCAUAAAAGGCAGUUACCUCUUUCCAUCCAGAGUUCUUCUUGUCCCGACAACGGGGCGGACAAGAUGCUCCAGGACAGACUGGUGAGGCGCACAGGUUGCAGCCUGGGAGAUGCGGACCCGAAAGCUCCCUGGGAUGUGAGUUGAGAGGUACCCCUUCCACACGAGCGUUACGGAACGCAAGUGGAAGGGGGGUUUUCAUUAUGCCAGGAGGAAGUAGGAGGUCCCGGGUGGCCCUCCAUUCCAGAAGCAGGCCAUGCGCCUGCGCACAGCAGUGGGACGCACGCCCGGGUGGCCUUGCGUUCCACUGAAUUUCUGAUCGCACCAGUGCGCAUGGAAAUUUGCAGUGAAAAUGCCUUUUUAAGCUGUGCUGAACAUACUGAUACCUGGGUGGUUGCCAGUAUCCAGUUUAGUGUCACCAGCCCUCCCACAUGGCAGUGAGGUAUUUUGAGGUGAGAUUAAUUAGUCUCUACUUUCCUCAGAUUUUAUUUCUGAUAUUUUAUUUUAGAUAUGUCCAGUCCUGCAUCCCUAGACAAGGACAAAUAAAAAAUGUUGACUCUACCUCCCAGGAAGGCUACAUGUAAAGCUAAACACUUCUGCUGCUUGGAAUGUGCUGUUCCGCUGCCAGACAGAUGCAGAAAAAUGAGCUGCAGAAUCCUUAGAAAAAUCGAAACAAAAGGAGAUGCAAUCUUUUUUUCAGCUGGUUUCAGGGAAACCUAUCUCAAAGUUUGAAUCAUUUAAAGAUUCGGUAAAGCAUGACAGCGUGCUCUUAAGACUCCUGAGAAGGAGGGCCCUGUGGCUCAGAUCUUGGAUGGCUGAUACAGCAUCUAAGGCAAAUCUGUGUGAACUGCCUUUUGAGAGGAACAAACUGUUCAGAUGUACACUGGAAGGCAUUAUUAAACAAAUAGAUACGGAACUACGAUGGAUAAACACCAAUAGCUGGUAGAAUGACCCUCUUAAGUUAAAGUUCAAGACCAAAAAAUAGCCACCAUAACCACCGUAUCACUGUCUGGAGUAACCACUACUUGGAGUUAAUUUUUUUCAAAAUUCCGGGUGCCUAUUGAAAUCAACCAAUGGUAUAGACAGGACUCAGUGGAAAUGGGAAUACAGGAUGUCUAAUGGAACAGAAACAAUGUAUUCAAUUUAUCCUUAAUAUGAAUGUAUCAGCUAGUCAGGUCCUUACCCACCUUAAUAAAGGUAGGAAGAAUCCAAAGCUGCUGAGAAAUUAAUCUAGUAAAGGUUCUAUAACUGAUGUAGUGUGGAACCAGUACACAUUAAAACUACAACAUGCUAUAAAAUAAAAAAAUAAAUAAAAAGAUCUCAAUCAAAUUGCUUAUAUCCCACAAGGGGUUAAAAGUCCUUAAGUCUUAUUAUAUAGUGUAGCAGACAGUAGAUCAAUAAAAAAAUUAUUUAUUAUCACAAUAAAACUGUCAAUACAACACACAUUUAUAAAAAAGACUCUAAUAAGAAAUGUACCAUAUAGUCCCAAUUCAGCAAGCAAUAGAUAUCUGGUUUACAGACCCGGGGUCCAGAGAUGGUGUUGACCAGUUGCCGGCCAGUUAGGAGUGCGUCCGGACCUCCUCGUGCUGGGAUAACACUAGAUAUUGGCCGCGUGCGUUCCACCGCAGCUCUGUAUGCGUUCCAGAAUGCUGCUUCCCAGGGAACCGAUGUGGAGAUGCCGCCUAACGCGUUUCGUGAGCGUCGAUCACUUCAUCAGAGGAUGCUCAGCAUUCUGGAAUGCAUCCAGAGCUGCAGUCACUCAUUCUUCAAAACAGAGAUUACAUGGCAAAAAUAGAUCUCAAGGACGCCUAUCUUCAUGUGCCUAUGGCCGCAAGCUCAAGAAGGUUUCUCAGGUUUUCAAUAAAAUGAGGCAAACAAACAUUUCUCUAUUUCCAGUUCAGGUCACUUCCAUUUGGCCUAUCUUCAGCUCCUUGUAUUUUCUCGAAGAUCCUUCUACCUUUAACGGCCGCACUGAGAAUAAAGGACAUUGCCAUUGUCUCUUACUUUUUGGCUGCUGAAGGCAGAAUCAAUGGAACAACUGUACAGGAAUCUUCUGCUUACCACUCCGUUUUUUGCAGGCUCACGUUUGGAUAAUAAAUUCCCCAAAAAGUUUUUUUUUUUUUUUUUUCCACCACACGUAUUCUGUUUCUUGCCAAGAAAGAAACUAAGAAGAAUAAAACAAGAGAUUUGUACUCUUUAGAAAAAAAUCGGUGUUCGGUCAGACAAGCCUCCUACAUCCACCAUCCUGGUGGUAAAGUGAUCAAGAUCAAGAUCAGACCUCUGCAAUGGGAUAUCUUGUCAAAAUUGUCCAGAUUUUCUUCUCUUUUGAAACAAGAGAUUCAAAUUUCAGACAGAGUAAAAAGUCAACUGAAUUGGUGGAUGGACUCAAGCUUCAUGAUAAUCAAUCUCUCAUUCAAGCAAAGAAAUUGGGUCACUAUAAAUACAGAUGCAUCAGUCACAGGUUGGGGUGCACAUCUGGGAUCACUUUCACCUAGGUUCCUGGUCAGGGAAUUGAAAGUUGUUUGAAAUGCCCUUCUAGCUUUUCAAUCUAGAAAUCCGAAACAAAUCAGUGUGGAUUCAGUCAGACAAUCUCACUACUGUCGCUUACCUGAACCGUCAGGGAGGUACAAAGGUAUAAAACACUCCAAAGGCUCUAUGCGCAGAGCAUGGCUUGGGCUUUAGAUAGAACUAGAGUCCAUUUCAGCAACUUACAUCAAAGGCUCAGACAACAUAGUGCCAGACCUGAGCAGCCAACACUGGACUCAGAUAGAAUGGUCCCAUUAUCCAGACACAUUCAAGAUUCUAGUCAGAAUGUUUGGACUACCAGAGAUGGAUCUUAUGGCCAACAGACUGAAUGCGAAAGUAAGACACUUUUGCUUCCAUUAUGAAACAAGAUCUCCCUCUAGUUCUGGACAGAUUUUCAAUCCCUUGGAAUUUCAAGAUGGCAUACAUCUUCCCUCCAGUAGCAUUAAUACCUGGAAUUGUACAGAAAAUCCGUGCAGACAAGGCAAGGGUGUUGGCUAUCCUCCCUUAUUGGUCGAACCGGAGCUGGUCCUUGCUCUCCAAGCUUACUGGAACCCAGACAUCCCUAUGGAAACAUUAAGAAUGUGUCGAUUGAAGGCUUGGCUGCUGCAAGGAAAAUUCUCAAGAAGCAGGGUAUUUCAGACUCCAUCUGUGAUACCCACCUUUCCUCCACUCGUAAUUCUACCACGAAGAUUAACCUCUGGAUUUGGCAAAUGUUUUUACAGUGGUGGUUAUCAAGGGAUAUUGAAGAUGAAGAUGGUUGGUCUUCCAUUCCUUGUAUCCUGGCUUUUCUUCAAUCAGGUUUCCACUGAGGCCUUAGUGUCUCAUCACUUGAAGUACAAGUUUCUGCCCUCGGUCAUUUUAUGGUAAAGGAUUUGGCGUCCAACAGGCUUUCUUCAUAGAUUCUUUAAGCCUGUUUAUCUAAAAUGUCCUCCUCGUAUUUCUUCCUUUCCCACCUGGGAUUUGUCUGUAGUAUUCAAAGUGAUGUGCAAUUCCCCUUUCGAACCUGCGCAUAGAGAUUUCUUUGAAGAUGUUGACGUUUAAAACCGCAUUCUUGGUAGCGAUUACUUAUGCAAAAAGGGUUGGGAAACUGCGAGCUAUGUCUUCUGCUCUAGAAUUUAAGAUCUUUCACCAAGACAAAGUGGUUUUACACCUCAGACCUUCGUUUCUACCUAAAGUGGUUUCUCGACUCCACUUCAACCAGCUAUUGUUCUGCCUUCCUUCUGUCAAGACCACUCUACGGAAACAGAGAAGAAUUGGCAGUGCCUACAUGUUAGAAUGGCGUUGGAAAUAUACCUCCGCAGAUCAGCCCCUUACAGGAUUUCUGACCAUCUAUUUAUUAAUUUCCAAGGUGCAUUUAAAAGCAAGAUGGCUUCCAGGGCUACAUUAGCCAGUUGGCCUAUAAAACCAGCAAUGUCUCCCUUCACUUUUCGGUCAAAGCACACUCCACCAGAGCCAUGUCUACUACCUGGGCUGAGAGGUCAUCGGCUUCUUCAGAAGAUAUCUGUAGAGCUGCUACUUGGUCCUCGCUCCACACUUUCAUAAAACAUUACAGGCAUCACAUAUUCUCCUCCUCUGAAGCCGCUUUUGGGCGAAAGGUGCUCCAAGCAGUGGCUUACUAAUUACCCGCCUAUUUGCUUUAAGGGAUCUUGCUAUAUCCCACUUGUGCAUUACUGCCACUUAUUAUAGGAAAAACAGUAAUUUUACUUACCGUAAAUACUAUUUUCCUUAGUAGAGUGGCAGUACUGCAUUCUUUCCCUCCCAUUGGAUAAUAAAUGAUAUUUUGCCGUAUUUUGAUCUCCGUAUGGUUAUUAAGAAAACUGUGGAUGGAAGGAGGUAACUGCCUUUUAUGAGCAGGAAGGCGCGAGUAUUUACAUAUUUAUAUCUUUCAGAGCUUCUUGUCCACAUAAGAGGGAACAACCGUCUUGUGCAGUACUGCCACUCUACUGAGGUUACAGUAAGUAACGUUUUUUUGUUUGGUACUAUUUUUAAAUAGUUAAAGGAGUCUUAGGGGGAAGUAUGUCAUUUAUAUGAAAAUUAAAUCACUGGGUGAAUUCACAAUUUGUUUUUUUAGACUUGAACCUAUAUAUUCUUGAGGCUUCAAAGACCAUAAGAUACUACGGGUUGUAUAUUGUUUUGGGGACAGCUAGAAAUAAUUGGUCUCUUGAAGUUAUUUCCUGUCCUGGCAACUGAGGUGGGUACAAAUAUACAGCAUGCCUGAGAUAGGUAAAUUAAACUUGUGUAGCAUUACCUAAAAGAACAAAUCUGUUUGUAUUAUAAAUCAGUACUGUCAAAGAAACUAAAAACAUAUAUAAUUCAGUAUUGAUUAGUGUUGCCAAUAUAUAUACUAAUGUGAGCUAUGGUCAAAGUGGAAAUCACUUAUAAUAGGUGUAAAAAUGUUAGCUGUGGCAAUAUAGUACAGCAUAUGCUGUAAAAAAAUUAACUUACAUAAAAUAAACCUUCAGUACAUACUAACAAGGUUCAGUUACAGUGAGUGAUUGUGGUAUAGAUCCUGUAAAAGCUGUUGAUCAUGCAUCUGUCAGUUGAUUGACUAUGGAAAACUGAAAUCUGCAGUCAUGACAUUACAUGAAAGAUUAAUGUCCUCGGGAAUUCAAAAAGCCAAACCAUAUAAUUCAGAAACAGUCAAAACAUUCUCAUGGAAGAAAAAAGUAUCCACUUACUUUUGUGUUUCCUCCUUUUGAUGUUACCAGGACAUAUUCGCUUCCACCAAAGUGGUAUCAUGGGAAAGAUUGGUCUAUUGUAUCUGUCUGAUCUGUGUUUUGUAAUCUGUCAUUUAUCUUUAGAUGUACCAGGGUGGAGUGAUGGACUUCUGCAUCAUCACAAAUGACGAAAAUGAAUGUAACUGGAUGAUGUUUGUACGGAAGGCGAGGUAAGUAGUUUACCUACUUUGAACCAUUAAAAAAAUGGUUCAACCCCAGUAAUCACUACUGAAGCAUUUAUCUGGGUGGGUAGUGCAGCAGGUGUAUGUUUAGUGUAGGUCAGUUUAAAAACAAAAAGUGAGGUUACAUAUCUUUCUUCCAGUGCCGCGCUGGUCUCUUAAUGGCUGGCCCUGCCAGUGCUCCGUCUCCUUGACUGAAAUCAUCAAGUUUGACAAACUCAGCCAAUCCAAUGUUUUCCCAUAGGGAAUUGCCGCACUGCGCCAAUCAGCAUCUCCUCAUAGAGAUGCAUUAAAUCCGUGCACCUCUUUGAGGAACAUCCAGCGUCUCAAUGCAGAACAUUGUGCAUCACUUCCACAGUUUGCAAUUUAUGUGAUAUUCUUUCUUGUAGGCAUAAACAGUGCCCAUAAAGGGCAUACUUGUUCUGGGAGGAUAAUGAGGCCUCGGACUCUAACGUUUGUCCAUAAAUGUUUAAAGUGGCCAUUUUUCAUGGCUUUGUUUUUUUCUUUCUCUUUUCGUUUUUAUUUCCUUAUGCCUCUUGUAUCUUAGUGAUUAUACUAUCCUCCUGGCCACUUGUCUUUAUUUAUUUAUAAAAUAUUUUACCAGGAAAGAUACAUUGAGAUUUCUCUCGUUUUCAAGUAUGUCCUGGGUCCACAAAUCAUUGCAUUGUUACAUUAGGGUACAACAAAAUACAAAAACAAUAUUAAUACACAAUAUAUACAAAAUUUAACAUAAAACAGGCAGGAAAUAUAUAAUCAACCAUGACACAUGCAUUCUGUUUUGAGGUAUGUAGAGAGGGAUCUCUUAAAUGACUUUAGGCUUAGGGAAGAUAUUAAAUUGUGCGGGAGGUCGUUCCACAAUUGCGGUGCUCUGUAGGAGGAGGAGGAUCGGGCUGCUUUCUUUUUGUAUUGAGGUAGACUAAGUAAAGUGCUUGUACUGGAUCGGAGCUUAUAGAAAGUGGGAACAGCUGGGGAAAGAAUUUUGUUCGGGUAGGGUGGGAGUUUCCCAGAAAAGCUCUUAAAAACAAGGCUGGAAAGAUGAAGGGUGCGUCUGGAUUCCAGCGAUAGCCAGUUUAGUUCUUUUAGCAUGUCACAAUGAUGGGUCCUGUAAUUACAUUGUAGCACAAAUCGGCAGAACGAGUUAUACAAUGUGUUGAGUUUAUUAAUGUGGGAUUGCGAUGCAGAUGCAUAUACUACAUCCCCAUAAUCAAUGAUUGGCAUCAGCAUUUGCUGUACAAUCUUUUCCUUUACUGUAGGGCUUAGGCAGGCUUUGUUUCUGUACAGGGCACCUAAUUUUGGAUAAAGUUUAGAUGCAAGCUUCUAUGUGCAGGCCAAAAGAUAGAUUGGGGUCUAAUAUCAUACCCAAGUAUUUGAUAGAGUGGACUGCGGUCAGUGUGCCAUUUGAAUUUGUUUUGAUGGAUAGGUGGGAAUUGUGUAAUUUAGGUACUAUUCCAAAGAUCAUUGUGACAGUUUUGUCAGUGUUCAGGAAGAGUUUGUUUUUUGCGAUCCACUUUUCUACCUCUGUAAACUGAUCUUGGAGCACAGCCUCAAUUUGCGGUAGAUUGGAUUUGCUCGCAUUGAUUACCGUGUCAUCUGCGUACAUGUGUACAUUUGAGGAUUGGCAGACAUUAGGCAGAUCAUUUAUAAAUAAUGUAAAUAGUAGGGGGCCGAGAAUGGAACCCUGGGGAACACCACACGUGACUGGGAGAGGGAGGGCGUCCCUGUCAGAAAUGGACACAUAUUGCGAGCGAUCCGAUACAUACGAUCGAAACCAGUUUAGAGAACGAUCACCAAUACCUGAGUUUUUGAGUUUGUGCAGUAGAAUGUCGUGGUCUACUGUGUCAAAGGCCUUAGCAAAAUCAAGGAAAAUAGCUCCAGUUAGGGCUCCUUGUUCCAUGCCAGUUUGGAUGUCAUUGCAAACUUUUAGGAGGGCAGUUGGAGUGAUUCUGGCGAAAGCCCGAUUGAUCAGGGGUCAGAUAGUUUAAUUGUUGGUAGUACUCACAAAAUUGCGUAUGGACACAUUUUUCUAAGAUUUUUGACAAUACCGGGAGCAAUGAUAUUGGACGAUAGUUAGAAACCAAAGUAGUGUCACCACUUUUAUGGAUAGGCACUACUCUUGCGUCUUCCAAAGUUUGGGUAUGUAUCCAGACACCAAGGAUUCGUUAAUUAGAGUUGACGGGUUUAGCAAUUGCCGGCGCACUGAGGUUCAACAGCAUUGCUGGGAUUUGAUCAGGUCCGGACUGGUUUUUCAUUUUUAGAUUAUUAAGAUGUUUUUUUAAUUACACUAAAAGGUACAGGUCUAUUGUAUAUUUAUGAUCUUUUCUUCCUUGUUUUGACUCCUCUGUCCAUGAUGUCUGCUGUUUGCCAUUUUGUGGGAUUGAUUUUACUGAGGGUUGUGGGUAAAUUUAGAUGCCUUGCAUAAUCUCCACCCACUGUCGGAUUGUUUUCUAUAUAUGAGGAAAUGUAGUCCCUACUUUUCCUUAUGCAUUUGAUGAAAGUUAGAGUUCUCAGGAAAAACGACAAAAGAUCCCAACACAGAGAACUACAGUUUUGGAAUAAAUAUAUUACACCUUCUUUGAAUUCUAUGGUUUUACAUAUCUUGACAUAAUAACAAUAAUCUGUUCUUUAGCAGUUCUUAAAAUUUAGGUAAAUACAACACAGUUUCAUAAUUUAUUUAACAAAAAUAAAGUCAAAAUGGAGAAGCCAUGUAAGAAAAACCAAGUACACUGCUUCCAUAGCAAUUAAGCGGCCAAGUAGAAGACGGAUGCUGCCAAUGCCCCUGAUUAAUUGACAGUCAGCAAGUGUGACCACCUCUAUAAAAGCCGAAGUUUUAGCAAUUUCCUGGUCUGGAGCGUUCUGGUGUGUGUUAACACAAUGCCAAGGAGGAAAGAUAUCAGCACUGAUCUUAGAGCAGCAUUUAUUGCAUCCCAUGAAACGGGAAGUGUUAUAGGGCCACUUCCAAACAAGUUAAAGUCCUUCAUUCUACAGUGAGAAAUAUUAUUCAAAAGUGAAAAACAUGCAAGACAGUUGCCAAUGCUCCCAGAAGUGGACUUCCCAGCAAAUUCACCCCAAGGUAAGACUGUGCAAUGCUCAGAGAAAUUGCAAAGGGUUACAUCUCAGACUCUACGGGCCUCAGUUAGCACGGUAAAUGUUAACGUUCAUUGUUCAAUUAGAAAAAGACUGAACAAGUAUGGUUUGUUUGGAAGGGUUGCCAGAAGGAAGAAUCUCCUCUCUAAAAAGAACAUGGCAGCACAGCUUAGGUUGGCAAAGUUGCAUCUGAACAAACUACAACACCUCUGGAACGUUGUCCUUUGGAGAGACAAGACCAAAGUAUAGAUGUUUGGUUCUUCCCAAACAUGGCGCUGUGUAUUAUAGCCAAACAACUCAUACCACCUGUCAAGCACAGUGGUUCAGAGGUGAUGAUUUGGGCUUGUUUUUAAGCCACAGGGCCUGGGAACCUUGCAGUCAUUGAGUCGACCAUGAACUCCUCUGUAUACCAAUGUAUUCUAGAGUCAAAUGUGAGGCCAUCUGUCCGACAGCUAAAGCUUGGCUGAAAUUGGGUCAUGCAACAGGACAGUGAUCUCAAGCACACCUACAAAUCUACAACCGAAUGGCUGAAAAAGAAAAGAAUCAAGGUGUUGCAAUGGCCCCGUCAAAGUCCAGACCUCAACUCAAUUAAAAUACUGUUGCCGGACUUUAGCUGGCUGUGCAUAAACAAAUGCCAACAAACCGCAAUUAACUGAAGCAACAUUGUAAAUAGAGUGGGACAAAAUUCCUCCACAACAUGUGACAGACUGAUAAAGUCAUAUAGAAAACAAUUUCUUAUUAAAGUUCUUGCUAUUAAGUACAAGCUGUUGAAUCAUAAGGUGAACUUCAUUUUUCACACUUGGCUUCUCCAUUUUGACUUUAAUUUGGUUAAAAAAAAUCAUUACCUCUUGUUCAUCUGACGUUGUAUUUACCUAAUUUUAAAUUCCCAUUUUUUUGAAGCUCAUCAACCACACAUCACAGCUAUAUUCCUUGGUCUUAUCCAUUGUGAUGAAUGCCUAUGUGAAUAUGGGUUAUGUGUUACCUCAUAUUUAUACCCCUGUGUAGCAGGUAGUCGAAGAAUUUUAUUAUUCCUAGUCACCCAGGUGUACUAAAAAUUUUAAAUAUCAGUUGGAAUAUACUUCAAAUAUAUUUUUCUCAUAUUAAUUUGUUGGGAUGCCAAUAAAUGUUCUACACAUAUUUAACACAUUUUAUUUGUAUUUAGUUUUUUUUAUAAACCCUAUGUUUGUAAUUGUCUGAUAUCCAUGUGAGCAGAGUAUUUUUGUGUAUUUUUGAAGAAAAAUAAGCUGGAAAAAGGUAGGUAAAAUCACCUUUUACUUCUCUCAUAGGGUGGAUAGCCACCUAAACAUCACUUUUAUAACUAUAGUGUGUUACUUUUAAGGAUGAUCGUUUCAGUCUCCGACUGGGAGAAAAAUAAUAUACAUAUUUGUGCACACUCGCCUUCUCUCACUUUUUAAUGCUGCGUCGACUGAUUACUCAUAUGCUGGGUGAAGUUUAUUGUAUCUUUAGCUGGCAUAUGUUUAGACAUGAAAUUAUAAUACUAUAUGUCAUGAAGUAAUGCUAAUUAUUUUUCCAUGCUGUGAAUACACCAAAUAUUGUAUGAGAGUGGGACAUAUUAAUGCUUACCAAUGUAGAGGAAUAAUCUUGUAAUCUGAAAGCAAGUGUAGUCGUAUGACAGUUUCAUGUUUACACUGUAAUCUCAUGUUAAGGAAACCAGAGGAACAGAAUCUUGUUGCUUACCCUCACGAUGGAAAAAUUUACUUUUGUACCUCAAAAGACAUCCAACCCCAGGAAGAGCUUCUCUUCUAUUACAGCAGGGACUAUGCCUGCCAGUUGGGUAAGAACAGUACAGCAAAUAUGACCAUGUGUGGUUUUAUAAACUCUGAUGUUUACUAGAUCCAAGAUCACUAGGUUGGUUUGGACUUAUACAGUAAAAAUAAUCUGCAUCAACUUGUAGAUAGUACUGCAUAAUGAUAUUAACCAGAAUCUAUCAAAAUCUUUUAGGCAGAUGGUUCAGUGAUAUACUGUAAGUCUAUCUUAAUUUCAUAAGAUAUUGUAAACAAACAUUGGACAAAAAUAAUUUAUUAAAGACUACAUGUUGCUGAUAUUUGAGUAAAAUGAAAACUUUAAUUCUAAGGUAAUAGGUUUGUGAAAUUGUUUUCCAAUAUCGGGACAUAUUGUGAAACCCUUUUUUUAUGUUUCAUUAAUGUGCAUAUUGGUCUCUAAAAACAUAUAUAUGAAAUGAAAUUAAAGCCGUAUGUGUGUAGGUGUACUUAAUGAAAAAUUUAGAACAUUAUGGUUCUACAAACACCUAGGAAAAAUGGAAAAAUCAACAUGCUUUUCAGUGUCUUUCAGUAGUAAAGAAGUAGUUCUAAAGUCAAUUAUGUGGAGUAUGGACCGUUUUUAGAACACCAACAAAUAAAACUUGUGCAUCUGCAGUGAUAACAUUAAUAAACCUUGGUCGCAUACAGAUACCUUUAAGAUUAUUAUUAUUAAUUACUUGAUUUUCCAUUUUAAUACUGCAUAUCUUAAGUUUUUUUUUAAUUGUUGGCUCUCAAUAAUGCAGAAUUACCAUUGUUAUAUUUACAUAUUUAUUGUUUGGCUUAUAUUUGAAGCUUUGUGCGUGGAUUUUUAUUUUGUUAGGCCUUCCAGAGCAACCAGAGCUUCUUGUGUGCCAUUGUGGAAAGGAGUACUUGUCUUAUGCAGAUUUCAAGUCUCACCUUAACAGUCACUUGAACAGCCACCUACCGAACGAGUCACUAAGCAGUGGGGCAACAAAUCCAGGACUGGCACCCAGCAGUGUACGGAAGUGGAUAUGUUCCAUGUGUUCUCGUGCUUUUUCCUCCUCAUACAAACUCAAUGUGCAUUAUAUGGGCCAUAUGGGCAUGAAACCACAUAAAUGUGAGUUCUGCAGCAAGGCGUUCAGUGAUCCCAGCAACCUGCGAACGCAUCUCCAGAUACACACAGGUGAGCUACAGACUAUGGUUUUAUAGGAGUGUCUGAGCUGUUAAAUCAACCAUAGAAGGCAUUUAGAGUAACAAUGGCACAUGAGUAAAGAUUUAUUUUGCUUCUAUUUAAGAACAAAAAAGGCAAAGAUGGCUAAGGUCUGCUCCUGCUUGAUCGCUAUAUAGGUGCAGUAGCAUUUAAAGGAGCACAAAUACUUUAAUUAUUUAGAAAUCUGAUGUCCUUUAAAAUGUAGUUUGAACCCCAGCCGUAUAUUUUAAACAUCCAUUGCUUGACUACAACUGUAUAUAACUUUCAGUAGGGUUUUGGUACCAAUAAAUGCUGGUUAAUACAAUCUGCUUCUAAAUUUACAAUUUGAUAUGAUGAGAAACAAAAAAUAUCCUUCAGAGAGAACCCGUCAUGGGUGCACUGACUUAUGCUCUAUUGAAAAAAAACACAAAAUAAUAAUCCUAUUUAAGAAUAUGGUUACUCUUUCACCUGUCAAUCUGUAUAGCAACUACAGCGCAUGUCCUCUGCUUCCUGUAAGACUCCUUGCUAGAGUAACAUAGGAAUAAAGUGAGAAAUAUCAACCUGUUUUCACACCAAUGCAAUGGCAAUGGAGCCAGCAUGUUGGUGUCAUUAGAGAAGAGGACUCUACUUGGGGAAAUGCUACCUGGAAAAACUGGGUUGGGUAUAUGGGAGUUAGGCAUAACACCCAUGGAACCAAUGUGAUGACUGGGCUGGAUAGAAGGGUAAUAGUUUUUUAUAUCAGAAUUAUUGGUGCCUUAAUGCACAUAUGCAAGAUGGAAGGUCUCAUGGUAAUGCAUAAAUAGUCACCAGUUCUGGAAAAGUAAGGUGCGGAUAAGAUGGCAGCACCAUAGGAAACAUGUAUUAUCUCUGCAUGUUUUAUUGGUGGGUAUAUGAUAAAACUGCUUGCAAAAGCUGCAGAACAUAGAAACAUAGAAUGUGAUGGCAGAUAAGAACCAUUCGGCCCAUCUAGUCUGCCCAAUUUUCUAAAUCCUUUCAUUAGUCCCAUGUCUUAUCUUAUAGCUAGGAUAGCCUUAUGCCUAUCUCACACAUGCUUCAACUCCUUCACUGUGUUAACCUCUACCACUUCAGCUAGAAGGCUAUUCCAUGCAUCCACUACUCUCUCAGUAAAGUAAUUCUCCCUGAUAUUGUUUUUAAACCUUUGCCCUUCUAAUUUAAGACCUCUUGUUGUGGUAGUUUUUCUUUUAAAUAUUGUCUCCUCCUUUAUGUAUUUAAAUGUUUCUAUCAUAUUCCCCCAUCUCGUCUUUCCUCCAAGAUAUACAUGUUAAGAUCCUUUUAACCUUUCCUGGUAAGUUUUAUCCUGCAAUCCAAGAUGCAUUGUCUUGCACUUAUCCACAUUAAAUGUCAGCUGCCACAACUCUGACCAUUUUUCUAGUUUACCUAAAUCAUUUGCCGUUUGGCAUAUCCCUGCUGGAAAAUCAACCCUGUUACAUAUCUUAGUAUCAUCAGCAAAAAGACAUACUUUGCCAUCAAGACCUUCUGCAAUAUCACUAAUAAAAUAUUAAAAAGAAUGGGUACAAGUACAGAUACCUGAGGUACCCCACUGGCUUUGAAUAUACUCCAUUGACUACAACCUUCUAUUGCCUGUCACUCAGCCACUGCCUUACCCAUUCAACAAUAUUGGAAUCCAAACUUUAAGUUUGCAGUUUAUUGAUAAGCCUUCUAUGUGCAAUAGUGUCAAAAGCCCUACUGAAAUCUAGGUAAGCAAUGUCUACUACACCAACCUGAUCUAUUAUUUUAGUUACCCAAUCAAAAAAAAUCAAUGUUUAGUGUGGCAUGAUCUCCCUGAAGUAAACCCAUGUUGUCUCUGAUCUUGAAAUCCAUGUGAUUUUAGAUGUUCAACAAUCCUAUCCUUUAACAUAGUUUCCAUUACUUUCCCCACUACUGAAGUAAGGCUUACUGGCCUAUAGUUCCCCGACUCCUCCCUAUUACCUUUCUUGUGAAUGGGCACACCAUUCGCUAACUUCCAAUCUUCUGGGACUACUCCUGUUGGCAAUGAUUGGUUAAAUAAAUCUAUUAAUGGUUUUGCUCGUACACCAGUAAGCUUUUUUAAUAACUUUGCACGUAUUUCAUCAGGCCCCAUUGACUUAUUUUUCUUUACUUUUGACAGUUGAAAUAGAACCUCUUCCUCUGUAAACUCACAUGUAACAAAUGAGUAUUUUUUCCUUUUUCCCCAACUGAGACACCUUUCCUUCAUUUUCAUAUGUAAAUACUGAACAAAAAUAUUAAUUGAGGCAGUCAGCCUUUAUCCUCCUCUGUCUGCAACCUUUGCUGGAACUGUGAUCGCUAACUGUUCUACUGAGAAUAGGAGGAAUGCAGAUACAUGCUAACUUAGCGUGCCUACCACUUCAGUUAGAUCUGUUGUGCGUUCUGCAAAAGUAGCUGAUAUGUUUAAAGACCCAUAAAGCACUUCAGCAAGCUUAUGUGUCUAGGAUGCUGGUUUAUGAAAAGUAUAUUUCCCUAUCUAUUCUCUCCUCCGCCACCUUCACACAAGUGAACUUGUCGCCUUGUGGAGUCUUUGCAAGAAUUUCAAAGAUCUCAAAAUGCUGCUUUAAUGCAUUGCAUUUAAUAAAAUGAGUGAUUAAAAUCUACACUUGAGUGUCUGAACCGGUAGCUCUUAUCACCUGUAUAUCUUUGUUGAACAGGACAGAAAAAUUACCGCUGUGGUUUAUGUGACAAGUCAUUUACACAAAAAGCUCAUUUGAUGUCCCAUAUGGUGGUGCACAUGGGAGAGCGUAAUCUGAAGUGUGAAUUUUGUGAUAAGAUGUUUAUGAGAAGGCAUGAUCUGAAGCAGCACAUACUUACACACACUGGGUGCGUAUUGAGCAGUCUUGCAGAACUGGUUUGUAGAAAUCCAAGUGAGUGUUGGCAGCAAUUAUGCAUUUUCUUCUUAAAAUGUAAAACUGCGUUGGAAGGAAAUGAAAAUAAGAAGCUUGCUGUUUGUGUGAUUUAUUUAUAGAUUAUACAGGACAUUGUGGUAAGAGAUGAUGUAUAUUUUUUUCUUUUCAUUUCUAUGUCCCUUCCCCCUCGCUACUUCAUUGAAUUUUCUCUAGCAUCCAUUUAUCAUUUAGAAGUGUCAUAUACCCAUCAGAUAUCAUAUGAUCAUAAAAAUGUAAAAAAAUCCUCAACGUAUUUUACUGCAUAUUUUAUGCUUAACAGAAAAUCUCUUUUCCCCUAUAACAGAGAGCGACAGUUUAUAUGCCCUAAGUGUGAUAAACGCUUUGGCAGAACAAACCAUCUCAAGAAGCAUUUGAAUUCCCAUGAAGGGAAGAGAGACUUUGUCUGUGAAAAAUGCUCCAAGGCCUUUCUCACCAAAUAUCACCUCACUCGACACUUGAAAAUAUGCAAGGGGCCAAGCAAUGUUCCUCUCACACCUGAUCCAGAGGAGGAGGACAACGACUCUGAAGAUGAAGACUUACAGAGUCCAGAAGGUCAUGCAUUUAAAACAGACGAGCAUCUCUCGGUACAUACGUGACAGGAGCAAUGUGUGCUUAGUUCUAUUUAUCUUAUUUAUUCGUUUCGCUGGUGAGAUUCUACUUUCUCUUAAAAGUAGCAGAAUUUAAGCUGCUGCUUCUGCCUUGUGCAGAAUAAAAUAGCCCAUGGAUUUCAGAUAUAAAUUUUAUCAUGACUGACAUCUUCUUUAUGAAAUGUAUCCUAGACACUGUGUAUAUACUAAACUAUAUAUACAAUAAAGGAAUUGAAUGUAUGUCUGCUUUUUACAAAACACAUCUUAAAGGGUGCCCAGCCAUCUACAGAGGUUAGGAAAAACAUGCAAAAACAAAACCUCACUGUUUUUAUAUUUUAAAGGAUAUCUGUUGUGACCUUUUUCUUGUGUUCUAUUGAAAGCGUAUACAAUUUCAUAUAUACAUUUGCUAGCAAAUGUAAAGAUUGGGAGGAAAACCUAUUUAAAAUUGUUUUUCUCCCAGCUCUCAGUCAAUGGUGAGGGAGACACUCAAUGCUGAAGCAUUGACAGACAAGGCAGAGCAGAAAAGAUUUCCACAAAAGAUUAUUUUGCACUCCCCAAGUAUAGCAACCGCAGUGCAUGGACUACAGUUGUUAUGGAAACUAAGCUGGC